CGGAUUGAAAAGAAGUAAAUGAAAAGUGUUCUUAAGUAAAUAACAAUAUCCAUUAAAAAGUUAAUCAAAAUAGUCUUUAAUGUUGCAUGUAGCAAACAGUAUAAUAAAAAAUACAAAAAAUGAUUUCACAGUAAAAGAUUGCGAUGUACCAACAAUAAAUAAGAUUCCAGUUUCAAAGCGUAUUCAGACAAAACCGAAGGAAAAUGCUGUAAGUGAAUACAAUGUAAUCACAAGAUGUGUAACUGAAUAAAGAAAAAGCUCUGGUAUACUUAUUGUUUGAUUAGUCACGGAAACUAGUAUUAAUGAAUAAAAGGAAUAGAAAAGGAUUCCAUCUUAUUGUAUGAAAUGGUUAAAUUAUAAAUAUUAGAAGAAAGUAUAAUAAUUCAUGAAAAUAGGAAUUUGUGCAACUAGAGUAGCAAUUUUAAAAAAUACUAUAAAUAUAACCUGAGAAGAAUAUAGUUCAUCAAAUUGAAAGAGAUUUGUCAAGAACAAUUAAGGCAGAGAAUCAUUUUACAGAAAUUAGAAAUAUUCUAACUGCAUAUUCAGUUUAUGAUCCAAAUAUAGGAUAUAUUUAGGGGAUGAAUUACAUAGCAUCAAUUUUAUUUAAUCAUGCUAAAUAAGAGUGGAUAGCAUUUUGGUUAUUUGUAAAUUUGAUAGAAUAGAUGGAAAUAAGAGAUAUUUUUUAAUUGUCAUUAAAUGCAAUAAACAAAUACUCUAAAAUUUUGGAUUUUCUUUUGAAUAAGUAUUUACCAAAAGCUUAUGAUAAUUUAUGUUUAAAAUAAGUGAACACUGAAUUAUAUAUUUAAUAAUGGAUUUUAAGUUUGCUUUUGUAAUUUAUUCCUUUUGAUUAUACUUAAAUGUAUUUGGAUGGAUUAUUUAAAUAAGGGAUAUCAUAUUUUUAUAUGAUAGCAUUAACAAUAAUAAAAGUAUUUGAAAAGGCAAUAGAAGAAGAAGAUUAAAUAGAAAUUUUAAUUUUGUUAACAUAAAAACAAUAUGUAAUUAAAUACGUUAAUUAAUUUAGAGUUAAUUGAAAUGGCCAUCAAUUUUAGCAUUGUAAUGGGACAUAAAUCCAGGUGAAUUGAGAGUGUUAUUAGAUUGUUUUGACAGUGAGACAAAUACUUUUCAUAGGCCAAAAUUUUAAACACAUUGUUCAUAAUUGACAACAAACUUCUUUGAAUUUAUAAAAAAUAAUUGA